AAUUACUUCAUCAUUUUUUAAAGUGAUCAACUGAAUUUUAUAGUCUAGAAAAACUAAAUAAGAGAUGUCGCCAAGCAGCACUGAUACGUUAGAAAUUAUAAGAGAGGAGCAGUUGACACCAGCCGACUCCAACAUUUUGCAUCAGGAAAAAGCUGAUGAUGCGCAGGAUUUGGUACAAGCAUGUCCUUGUAAAGGUCGAAUAAUCCAUGACCUUGAAGAAAAACAUCAUAAAGAAAUUCAGAAGUUACUAAAAGAAAAGGAGGAAGCGCUCACAGCAGAUUUCCAAGAACGUUUGGAGAAAGAAAUAAAGCUUUUGAAAGAUAGAUUUGACUAUAUUUUACAAAAUGAACAAAUACGAACCUCCCACAUGAUGAGGGAAGCACAUAGAGAAAGAAAGGAAAAGAUAUCGGCCCUUCAAACCCAACUAGAGUGUAAGAACUUGGCUGGUCUGAUGUUUGUUAUGUGCUCUGAGAGGAGGAAGAGCAAAUUGGAGAAGUUAAGGAUUGUUGAAGAUUACACAAAAUACAUAAACGCCUUACAGCACAUUCUCUCCGAGAGUCAGGAAUUAAUUCUAAACCUAUCUAGAGGCUACAAAACCGCCGCUAGAGUAGACCAUGAGUGGAAAAAUAAGAUGAAUAAGGUUAUAAAAGAGUUCCAGAACUUUGUAUAUCAUUAUGCGGGUGGAACUCCCGAGACGAACCAAUAUUUUUUCGAUCUACCUUCACUUAUGAAAACAAAAGCUCCUAUACAAGAUGAUCCUAAGGAAGAUCCUUGUGAAAUUGAAGAAAAAAGUGAGGAAGAGACUGAUGUACCACACGAGAAAAAUUGGUGGGAAAUGCUAGAUGGGGAAAACCCACCGUUCAUUAUUUUUGGUGAUAUGGCGGAAUUUCAACCUCCCCAGAGGAGGGAAGUGUUGAAGAAUGUUAAAGCCGCUAAAACUGCGCCACCUAAAUGGAAAGAUUAUGUAUUCAGCGAUAUGUUCCUGCAUUCGAACUGUUUGCAUCUCGACACAAUAAAAGAUGAAUAUGUAAAGCAUCAACCCACUGGAGCUAAAUGGGAGUGCCAAAACGUACAGACGGAACGACAGUCGUUUAGAUUUGGUUCAGAUAUAAGUCACCAUCGACCCACUGCCAGUGUGGAUGUAAGAGGUACAAUGGGCUCCAUAUUAAAAAUUAUCACUUCAAGCGUAUUGCCUCAAGCUAUAACAAAAGCUACGUUACUUGGUGCAAGGGAUUCUAUGGAAAUUGCUUCUACUACAAGAUUGCGAGAAAGGCACAGACAGUCAACAGAACCAGCAAAAGUUGUCUUGAAUGUUGGAAAAAGGAUUGAUUCGCUGUUUAGUGAAAUGAACGAAGAGGACCAUGAUGAAGAAUUGCAUUCGAAAGAAUCAUCGAAGGUAGAGGACGAAGAAAAUGCAGAAGAAUCAGUGUCAGCUUUGGGGAGCUUACACAACGAUAGCAUGGAUAUGAUAGCAACACAUGUGCCUGACAAAGAUCAUACAAUUCAUUAUGAAAAGACAUGUCCAAUGGAAAAGUGCCAACGUAUGAAGAUGGACUCGUUCAUACGAACACUACCACCGUAUAUGCACGCGAAUCCGUUCACACACUUUGAGCAGACAUUUGACGAAUAUGAGCCGUGUACACCUGAACAACUAGAAAUCCUCAAAAAGAGGAUAGAAGAAAAGACCAAAAAGGAAAAAGUAGAUUUCGAUAUAACUGAAGAUAAUUUAUCUGAUUGGCCGAAUCCCAUAGACGGAAUAGCUGUACAGACUUCGGAUAUAUCUCUCUCUCUCCCACCCUGUACUUGCAGGGAUGGGGAACAAUCUGGAUCGUCUGUAUCGAGUAUUCAGAAUGUGUUUAAUUUGGCAGAUUUAUUACCAGUUAAAGAGAAACUGGAUAAAAUAAACCAAGAAUGUUUCUAUCAUGACGGUAUUGACUUCAAGAGAUUCGAAGUUAUUGGACAAGAUAGUGAACACAAAGUUGAACUUAAUGAAAGUACCUUCGCUGAAGAUCGAGUUGCCCAAAUUAAGAAAAUUUUGAAACACCAUCCCAGCCUAUGUGAAAUAUUCCAAGCCAAUAUUCGUUAA